CACUUUUUUUUUUUUACCUUGUGUAAAUAUUCGGGACGUUUCACCACAGAGUCAUCACCUGUUAGCGAAGGAAGCUAAUGGAGGAGAGCGUAGCCUGCUAGCUGGAAAUACACGGAGACAGAACACGUAGGUGUUCUUAUCCAAACUCUCGUUAAUGUCCGGGACGUGUUGUCCCUGUAGGAGGUCCGCCUCGGAGCAGCUUUGAUAGAGACAAACUGUAUUUUUCAGGGACCAAAAAUGUCCAGAUAAAACUGCCUGGCUAGACUAUUUACAAAGGUUUUACAUCAGACGUAUUUCCUGUUGUCGUACAAAGCUAACGAAGGUAGCAAAAAUAAUCUAAUUUAGCAACACGGUGUGCGUCAGAGUGACCAGUCCGUGUGUCUGAAGGGAAAGUUAACCAGAAUUUGUCACAAUGUCCAAAGUCCAAACGCUGAAAGCUUUUGUCAACCAGCGACUAACUGCGGCAGCUGAAGAGAUAUUUGAGCGGUUUGAAAGAACGAUAGCAGAGUACGAGGAGGAACUUUGUCGACAGCGCAAACUUCUAGAUGCCAAUUUGAACCCCGAUGUCCGGUUACACAGAGCAGACAUCCAGCUGCUGUUGGUGAGUAACAAAAAGGCUCAUCGUGAGCAGCAAGAGCGGAGCCCCAAACCGGCCCAGAGGGACCCACCCGAGCUGCCGCACAUUAAAGAGGAACAGGAGGAACUCUGGACCAGUCAGGAGGGACAGCAGCUUCAAGGACUGGAGGAGGCCAGGACAUUCACUCCUGUCCCUGUGAAGAGUGAAAAAGAUGAUGGAGAGAAUCUUCAGUCCUCACAGCUUCAUCGAAGCCAAACUGAAGAGAGCAGAGUUGCAGAGAAUCUGAAAACAGAAGCUGAAGGAGAGGACUGUGGCGGAUCAGAGUCAGCCAGGAACUUAAAUCCAGAUUGUCAUUUACAACCAGCUACUCAUGAUAAGACGCCACACUCUGAACCUGAGACUGAUGACAGUUGUGAUUGGGUGGAGAACAGGGGAUAUAAUACUAAAAAAACAUCAGUUAGCUCCUCUGAGUGUACCACGAGCUCCGACCACAAGGGACAUCUGCAGAAACCCGCUGGAAUCCAAACAGGAGUGAAACCAUUUAGUUGCUCAGUCUGUGGUAAAAUACACCCCUGUGAGUGCACCUUAAGGACUCAUAUGAGACUUCAUGUUGAAGGGAAACGUUUCAGCUGCUCACUUUGCGAAAAAACCUUUAAAAGUAAGGGAAAUGUCGUGAGGCACAUGAGAAUCCACACAGGGGAGAAACCCUUCAUUUGUCCUGUGUGUGACAGAGGUUUCUCACACAACUCAGCUUAUUCCUCACACUUAAGAGGUCACACAGGAGAAAAACCUUUCACCUGCUUAGUUUGUAAAACAAGUUUCCGUGAUAGAAGCACUUUGUCUAGACACGAGAGAAUCCACACUGGGGAGAAACCAUAUUGUUGUUUAGUUUGUGGUAAAAGAUUUGCACGACAAGGAACGCUGACGCAACACUUGAAUGUCCACACGGGGGAGAAACCAUUUAGUUGAGCGUUUGUGGGAAGAAAUUCACUCAGCACACUCUUGUCAAAAAACACAAAUGUGUGGGUAAGAGUAGCGUAAGUCAAUGAAGCUGCAGAGAAGCUUGUUGAGUCAAUUUCUUCCAGUAAGAUUGAAGCACUGAGGGCAAAACUUGGCUCAGCACUGUUCAGUUCUGACCUCAGUUCUUUUCAGCUAGGAUGAAGCUAGGUGAUCAUUUUAAUUCUGCUUUUAUUUGUAGGGCUGGCCAUCGUUAAAAAAUCAAUAGCAGUACCAAUACCUUGACUUCUACCGAUGAGGCAGCUGUUCAAAGACCUGGGAGCAGCUGCAGAAACGGCUUUUACUCUGCAUACUUUAAUCAACCUGGAUAACUAAACUGGACUACAAUGAAGAAAUGGAUGCAAUGUUUGUACAGUAUUUGACUGUUUAAGAUAUAAAUAACAGUCAAAAAGAGCAUUAAUAACUAACAGUAGAGGAUAGCAACACACCAUUGUAGCAUCUCGUCUGCCUAAUCUGAAGAAGAAGAAGGGAAUAAACUGUGGGUGACAUUUGUGGUACUGGAAAAUAGUGACGUCUUACUUCCUCUGUGCUGAAGAGCAGCUAGCCUGGAACUGCCAACUUCAGGUGUAUCUCUCCUUUUACCCGUCAGUCAGUGACAUCAACACCACGUUUGCCUUCAGAAACACUCUCCAGGUUAUCCCUCACCCUGACAGCGAGGAGAGGAUGGCGAUGUGGUGAACAGACUCACUGAUGAGCAGAUACAGGUUAGCAGCACUAGCUAGCUAACAAGCAGCAUAACGAUUACUUAGUUAUCAGUGACGAUGAGCAGCUGGUGGUUAAAAAGACAAAAACAAAAAAAACCUUUGAGCUGUGUCUCUGGGUGUAGCCGUGGUUUUCCUUCAUGCUUCUUCUACGUGUAACAUCAGACAGCCAAUCACCAGCAUUAUUACAUCUUGGUACAAGCAUGCUGCAUGCUUAUUGACUCACUGAAAAUGAGAUAUUCUUCUUAUGUAUUGAAUGACGAGGCAUUUUCAGUACUUCACUCCGGCAAGCAUUUAAUGAUCAGUUAAAAUAUUUUAAGUUGUUUCAGGUAUUUUCUGAAACGAACUGGUAUUUUUCUUGAUUUUAGCUUGUUUCAGGAUUAAAAUUUGUUGAAACAAGCGAUUUUUUUUACUGGAAUCUGGUUAUAAUAUUAUAUCUGAUAAUAAUAUUCCCACUGUUAAACAUAUGCUUUCAUUUGUUUUUAGUUUUCUGGUGAUUUAUGACAUUAAUCCAUUUUAAACCUGUAAAUACUGGAAGAAAGAAAUAUUUGUAGUGCAUGAUGUGAAGUAAAACAUGUGCAAGUGUACUCGACAAUGAACCUAAAACAAGCAGUUUCUGGCCUGAUUCACGCUUUUUGAUGAUGAUGAAAAAAGUGUUUUAGUCAUAAAUCAUGAACUCAUCUGUUUCUAUAGUGACAAACAGGAAUGAAAAAUCUCAUGUAGAUCACGUCUGUGUGAUGAUACGAACACACUGAUGUUCAGUAACUCAGGCUGGUUGUGGGCUGCUUGGAGUUUUUGUGGAUCUUUUGUGGAUUUGUUAAGGAAGAAGAAAUAAAGAAAAAGACAAU